AUGGGUAACCGGGGGAUGGAGGACCUUAUUCCCCUGAUCAACAAGCUGCAGGACGCGUUCAGCUCCAUCGGGCAGAGCUGCAACCUGGACCUGCCUCAGAUAGCGGUGGUGGGUGGCCAGAGUGCGGGGAAGAGCUCCGUGCUGGAAAACUUCGUUGGAAGAGACUUUCUGCCGCGAGGAUCUGGCAUCGUCACUCGUCGGCCGCUCAUCCUGCAGCUGGUCAACAAUAAAGCCGAGUAUGCUGAGUUUCUUCAUUGUAAAGGACGGAAGUUUGUGGAUUUUGAAGAGGUCCGACUGGAGAUCGAGGCCGAGACCGAUCGCAUCACGGGGUCCAACAAGGGCAUCUCUCCUGUUCCCAUCAACCUGAGGGUCUACUCCCCUCACGUGUUGAACCUGACUCUCAUCGACCUCCCGGGGAUGACGAAGGUCGCCGUGGGAGACCAGCCCGUGGACAUCGAGCACCAGAUCCGGGACAUGCUGAUGCAGUUCAUCACCAAGGAGAGCUGCCUGAUCCUGGCUGUGACGCCUGCCAACACUGACCUAGCCAACUCUGACGCCCUCAAAAUCUCCAAAGAGGUCGACCCUCAAGGACUGCGGACUAUAGGUGUGAUCACAAAACUGGAUUUGAUGGAUGAAGGGACAGACGCUCGGGACAUCUUUGAAAACAAGCUGUUGCCCCUUCGCAGAGGCUACAUCGGCGUGGUGAACCGCAGUCAGAAGGACAUCGAUGGGAAGAAAGACAUCUGCGCCGCUCUGGCCGCCGAGAGGAAGUUUUUUCUCUCCCAUCCGUCCUACAGACACAUGGCCGAACGCAUGGGCACACCGCACCUGCAGAAGUCACUGAACCAGCAACUCACCAACCACAUCCGGGACACUUUGCCGGGGCUGCGCAGUAAGCUGCAGAGCCAGCUCCUGUCUCUGGAGAAAGACGUGGAAGAGUUCAAGAACUUCCGUCCCGACGAUCCGACGCGAAAGACCAAGGCUUUACUCCAGAUGGUUCAGCAGUUUGGGGUGGACUUUGAGAAGUGCAUAGAAGGAUCCGGCGAUCAGGUGGACACGUCACACUUGUCGGGUGGAGCCAAGAUCAACCGCAUCUUCCACGAACGCUUUCCAUUCGAACUGGUCAAGAUGGAGUUUGAUGAGAAGGAGCUGAGGAAAGAGAUCAGUUACGCCAUAAAGAACAUCCAUGGAGUCAGGACUGGGCUGUUCACCCCAGACCUGGCGUUUGAAGCCAUAGUGAAAAAGCAGAUCAUAAAGCUGAAAGAGCCCUGUCUGAAAUGCAUCGACUUGGUCAUCCAGGAGCUCAUCAACACAGUCAGACAAUGCACCAAUAAGGUAUUACAGGCGGUGACCACCAGCUCCUGGGUGACAGGGCUGUUCACCCCAGACCUGGCGUUUGAGGCCAUAGUGAAAAAGCAGAUCAUAAAGCUGAAAGACCCCUGUCUGAAAUGUGUCGACCUCGUCGUCACCGAGGUCGUGGCCCUGAUCAGGAAGUGCACUGAGAAGCUCGGCUCAUACCCACGCCUGCGCGAGGAGACCGAGCGCAUCGUCACCACCUACGUCCGGGAGAGGGACAGCAAGACCAAAGACCAGGUGCUGCUGCUGAUCGACAUCGAACUCUCUUAUAUCAACACUAACCAUGAGGACUUCAUUGGAUUUGCCAACGCUCAGCAAAGAACAGCAGCCAACGCCACCAAGAAGAGAGUGAUGCCAAACCAGGUGAUCCGCCGAGGCUGGCUCACGAUCAACAUCAGUAUUAUGAAGGGAGGCUCCAAGGAUUACUGGUUUGUUCUGACCGCGGAGUCCCUGUCCUGGUACAAAGAUGAAGAGGAGAAAGAGAAGAAGUACAUGCUGCCGUUGGACAAUUUGAAGCUGAGAGAUGUGGAAAAAGGCUUUAUGUCCAGCAAACACGUCUUUGCUAUUUUCAACACAGAACAAAGGAACGUGUACAAGGACCUACGACAGAUCGAGCUGGCCUGUGACACGCAGGAAGAUGUGGACAGUUGGAAGGCCUCGUUCCUCAGGGCUGGGGUUUACCCAGAGAAAGACCAGCCAGACAAUGAGGACACUGUAACCCCUGGAGACACUGUGUCCAUGGACCCGCAGCUCGAGCGGCAGGUGGAGACCAUCCGGAACUUGGUCGACUCCUACAUCGGCAUCGUCAACAAGUCGAUCCGAGAUCUGAUGCCCAAAGCCAUAAUGCACCUCAUGAUCAACAGUGCAAAGGACUUCAUCCACUCAGAGCUGUUGGCAUACCUGUACUCCGCUGGGGACCAGGGCAGUCUGAUGGAGGAGUCGGCAGAGCAGGCCCAGAGGAGGGAUGAGAUGUUGCGGAUGUACCACGCCCUGAAGGAGUCUCUGGUCAUUAUAGGAGACAUCAGCGCCACCACCAUCUCCACUCCAGUGCCCCCACCUGUGGACGACACCUGGCUCGCCAAGGAGCCCAGUCCACCUCCAGCUUCAAGACCCACAGCUGCAGCAACCGGCCCUCCUCCGAGCCGCCCAAGAGGCCCUGCUCCUGGUGCGCAGCCUCCUCGGAACCCCUCCCCAGCAUUUGGAGGUCCCGCUGUGCCCUCCCGCCCCGGGCCUCCACCUGCACAGCCCGCCUACACUGACCCCAGCGCCGUGCCACUUAUCCCGUCCAGACCGGCCCGCGUACCACCGGCUCUGCCCCCCGGAAUCCCCAGCAGACGCCCUCCCUCCCGGCCCACGGUCAUCCGCCCCUCAGAGCCCUCCCUCCUCGACUAG